AUGGAUCAAAACGGUGGAGAAAGUGAUAUCCUACGCAGAAAGGAGCAGCUCAACACCCGAAGAACAACAUUAUUAGAUCAGCUGGGACGAGCUGAGAAAUUCAUCGAAACAUACGACGCUGGGCGGGAUGAGCUCGAGGUGCCGCUUCGCCUGGAAAGCUUGGACGUGCUGUGGACAUCCCUCGAAGAAACUCAAUCCACUCUCGAAGAUUUGGAAAUAUCCACCGAUGGCAAGAGUACCAAUCUGAAAUUUCGUGCUACAUAUGAACCAAAGCUUUUUAGAAUAAAAGCAAUUCUGCGAUCUAAACUGCCUCCUCCAACUCUUCCUGCACUCAGCCGCCCUCCAGACGUUCCCUCUCGCGCUUCGUCCACCUUGUCUAAUCUGAAGUUGCCUACUAUUUCACUUCCCGAAUUUGACGGCGACUACAAACAAUGGCUAACGUUCCACGAUACAUUCUUAGCACUUAUCCACGACAAUGACGAAUUGCCUAUGAUCCAGAAAUUCCACUAUCUCCGUGCUGCCCUCAGAGGAGAAGCAGCGCAGCUAAUUGAAGCUAUUGCAAUUAGUGCAGCGAACUAUCCUCUUGCUUGGGAAUCGCUAAUUAGUCGCUACUCAAAUGAAUACCUACUGAAAAAACGACAUCUUCAGGACCUAAUGGAUAUCCCGCGUAUGAGGACAGAGACAGCCGUAGCAUUACAUUCUACCUUGGAUGAAUUUCAACGUCAUAUUAAAAUCCUGCAGCAGCUUGGCGAACCAACUGACGCCUGGAGUACGUUGUUAGAACAUCUUUUGUGUACACGUUUGCAUAAUGAUACGAUCAAGGCGUGGGAAAAUCAUGCUGCUACCGUUGAGGAUCAAAGCUACACCUGUCUUGUUGAUUUUUUGGAGAAACGUAUUCGAGUACUUGAAUCUAUAUCCGUUAAUAACAAUGCCAAUCCAUCCACUUCCGCAUCGCACAUGAAUGGUUCCGUCUUUCUAUGGAACGCUUUUGGUGCACAGAAGAACUUUGUCCCAGAUCGUUGCUAUCUGACGAAGAAAGAGCGUGCGAAGAUCAUUAUCAAUCUACUGUAUCUCGAACCGAGCACGGGCGAUAUAUUGUGCGAUACCCCAAACGUCCAGGUUUCGACGGACUGA